CACUACCGGGAGAGAGCUUUCCUGCCGGAAAGCAGCUCGCGGCUGCGGCAAUUUACGACAUCGGUUGUGACAGGCCCUGGGAACAUCGACUUCCUCCCUUCAGCCGAGCUAAAGCCGACGUGAUGUUCGGGGCCGGAGACGAAGAUGACACCGACUUCCUCUCGCCAAGCGGCGGUGCCAGGCUGGCUUCUCUUUUUGGACUGGAUCAAGCAACUACGGGCCAUGGAAAUGAAUUCUUCCAGUACACAGCCCCAAAGCAGCCUAAGAAAGGCCAGGGAAUAGUGACCACAGGAAAUCAGACAGCACCAAAACCAGCAACAACCACCACAGGCACUUCGUCAGUACUGUUUGCAACUGCAGUGCACGCAUAUCGAUACAUAAACGGUCAAUAUGCAAAGCAGGGCAAAUUCGGAGCUGCUGUCCUGGGGAACCACACAACCAGAGAGUAUAGGAUUCUUCUUUACAUCAGUCAGCAGCAGCCAGUGACUGUUGCUACAGUUCAUCUGAACUUUGAGCUAAUGGUUCGGUCCAGUAACUACAGCACCUUUUAUGAUGACCAGAGACAAAACUGGUCUAUCAUGUUUGAGUCAGAGAAGGCUGCUGUGGCGUUCAAUAAACAGGUGUGUGUGGCCAAAUGCAAUAGCAGUUCUUCCUUGGAUUCAGUGCUGUGUCAGGACCUGGUUGCAGCAGAGGGUCCUGCUGUAGAUACUGGAGAUUCUUUGGAAGUAGCCUAUACAGGCUGGCUCCUUCAGAAUCAGAUGCUGGGCCAGGUUUUUGACUCUACUGCUAACAAAGAUAAACCUCUUCGCCUGAAAUUAGGAUCAGGAAAAGUUGUCAAGGGCUUAGAGGAUGGACUACUGGGCAUGAAGAAAGGAGGAAAGCGGUUAAUUAUCAUUCCUUCUGCCUGUGCUGCUGGCUCUGAAGGAGUAAUAGGCUGGACUCAGCCAACAGACUCAAUCCUGGUGUUUGAGGUAGAAGUUAGGCGGGUGAAGUUUGCUAGAGAUUCUGGCUCUGAUGGCCACAGUGUGAGCUCCCGGGACUCUGCAGCCCCCUCCCCUGUACCUGCUGCUGACAGCCUCCCAAGUGACCCUGUUGUGACACCACCCAUAACACUGCCUCUCAAAUCCGGGGAGCCGGCUCUUCGUUCCAAAUCUAACUCUCUCAGUGAACAGCUUACUGUAAAUACAAGUCCUGAUACAGUCAAGGCCAAGCUGAUCUCUCGGAUGGCUAAAAUGGGCCAGCCCAUGCUGCCCAUCCUCCCACCACAGCUGGAUUCCAAUGACUCAGAACCAGAAGAUACAACUGUUGUACGUGGAGCUGGGCAGUCCCUGGUGACACCGUCUGUCCAGCCUUCUCUUCAGCCAGCCCAUCCAGUGUUACCACAGAUGGCCACACAGGCACCUCAGCCAUCUGUUUCUGGGUUCCAAACACCCUCUGCUGCCUUGAUGCAAGUUGCGCCUGUUGAUUCCCACUCUGCUGUAUCUGGAAAUGCUCAGAACUUCCAGCCCUGUGCAGGUGUGCAAGCCUACACAUAUCCCCAGACAUGCUCAGUCACCUCGCAGCUACAGCCUGUUCGGCCCUUGUACCCAGCACCACUGUCCCAGGCUCCCCACUUUCAAGGAUCAGGUGACAUGAUGUCCUUUCUCAUGACUGAAGCCCGACAACACAACACUGAAAUUCGAAUGGCAGUCAGCAAAGUGGCUGAUAAAAUGGAUCAUCUCAUGACUAAGGUGGAAGAGUUGCAGAAGCGUAGCUCUGGCAGUUCUCUGCUUCUUCCUAACAUGCCAGUCACAAUGGAAACAAGCAUGAUUAUGAGCAACAUCCAGCGAAUCAUUCAGGAAAACGAGAGGCUGAAGCAGGAGGUCCUUGAGAAAAGCAGUCGGAUAGAAGAGCAGAAUGACAAGAUUAGUGAACUCAUUGAACGAAACCAGAGGUAUGUUGAGCAGAGUAACCUGAUGUUGGAGAAGAGGAACAACUCACUUCAAACAGCCACAGAAAACACACAGGCAAGAGUAUUGCAUGCUGAACAAGAGAAGCUCUCUACCUCGACGGUGGACAUUGUUCCAGGGUGGCAAUCAGAGUCCUCCCACUACCAUGCCAAGGUGACAGAAGAGUUAGCAGCCGCCACUGCUCGGGUCUCUCACCUGCAGCUGAAAAUCACAGCUCACCAGAAGAAGGAGACAGAGCUGCAGGUGCAGCUGACAGAAAGCUUGAAAGAGACAGAGCUGCUCAGGGGCCAGGUCACCAGACUCCAGGCCGACCUCGCGGAGCUCCGAGAAGCCUCUGAGCAAACACAGUCCAGAUUCAAAAGUGAAAAGCAGAGCCGGAGACAGCUGGAGCUCAAGGUGACAUCCCUGGAGGAAGAACUGACUGACCUCCGAGCUGAGAAGGAGUCCCUGGAAAAGAACCUCUCAGAGAGGAAAAAGAAAUCGGCUCAAGAGCGCUGCCAGGCAGAGGAGGAGAUGGAUGAGAUUCGCAAGUCACACCAGGAGGAACUGGACAGACUUCGGCAGCUCUUGAAAAAGGCUCGAGUGUCCACAGACCAAGCGACUGCAGAGCAGCUGUCUCUUGCACAGGCCGAGCUGCAGAGCCAGUGGGAAGCGAAGUGUGAGCAUCUCUUGGCCUCUGCGAAGGAUGAGCACCUGCAGCAGUACCGGGAGGUUUGCGCGCAGAGGGAUGCCCAGCAGCAGAAGCUGUCCCGCCUUCAGGAUGAGUGCACUGCUCUCCAGGCGCAGGUCACAGCCCUCACCGCACAGAAUGAGCACCUCCAGCAACUAGAGAAGAAUAAGUCCCAGGCACCUGCAGUCAGAGCUGCUGCUGACCCCUCAGAGAAGGUCAAGAAGAUCAUGAACCAGGUGUUCCAGUCUUUGAGGGGAGAGUUUGAGCUGGAGGAAUCUUAUGAUGGCAGGACCAUCCUCAGGACCAUCAUGCAUACAAUCAAGAUGGUGACUCUGCAGCUGUUGAACCAGCAGGAGGAAGAGCAAGGGGAGUAUAGCAGUGAGGAGGAAGAAGAGAAGCCUUCGAGACCUUCCUUGGAGAAGCCAGGUCCCGCCACUCCUGAGCUGUCUCCAGCACCCCCAAGUGGGGAGAUGCAGGAGGCUCCCAAGGUGCUGUCAGAACAGGUAGCAGGGGAGACCACCCCACUGCCUCCACAGGAUAUCCCCAUGCCACAGAAUGGUACACAGACAAGGAAAGAGGAGUCCUCAGAAGCAGAGACAUCCUCAGAGAUGAAAGACAGCUCCCUCCCACCUGAGCCCGCUGGCAUCCCAUCCCACAGAGUCCUGGGGCCCCCGACUUCAAUCCCACCUAAACCUCCAGGCCCUGUAACUGUGGAUUCUGAGUGUGAGGAGGCACUUGCUGAUGACCAGAGAGCAGUGCAGCCCGACAACCCAUUGGGAGAAGAACAUGUCAGGGAAGUAGCCCCAGAUGGCCCACUGCAAGGAAACUCCAGGAGAUUGUCACUGACCCCAGACCCUGAGAAGGGGGAGCCACCAGCCUUAGACCCUGAAAGCCCAGGAGAACCUCAGCCUCCUGAGCUCAGAGAAGUUGAGGAUGUCAGUAGCUCUGGUCCCCCUGAGGCAUUGUUGGAUACAGAGCUUGCUUCUGCAGCUUCAGGAGCAUCCCUCAGACACAACCAGGACUCCCAGAACUGCAGUCUCUCUGGGGAUGAAGAGGACGAGCUGUUUAAAGGGGCAACUCUGAAAGUUCCAAGGCCCAAAGUCCAGCCUGAGGAAGAGGAUGAAGACGAGGUGGUAAGGAAAUCUCAGGCUCUGCUGAGUCCUCAUGGCACCAUCUGGGGGCUCUUCCCUGCAGGCUCGGAGAAGAGAAAAGGAGUCUGUUGGUGGCCUACUUCCUGGACUCUGUGUACAGGACCUUGUGGGAGUGAGCUUGGGGUCCAGAGUGGGCAGCUCUGUAAGCAGAGUGGGGAUGGCCAGCUGCCACUGUACUCUUAAAAGGGUGCCAUAAUCUCUGUCCCCUGGGGAAUCAGUCCUGUUUGCAGUAAGGGAAGGUGGGAAGGAUUCUGAAGGUCAGCUUGUUGGCGCUCCUCCUUCCUAGACAAAGAAAGGUUAGAAGGAUCAUUCAUUCACAGGAGGCUGAUGGUAGAUUAGGACUGAGCCCAGGCUUCUCUUGGGUCACUUGUUUCUGAGAACUUCUGCUCCCCUAGCCCACUUCCACCCUGCUGCUUGUUUUCUCAGCUCACACCCAGGGCUCAUUGUUGACAGUGUAGUCAAGUGAGAGGACAGGAGAGCCAGCCACAAAGGAAGCUGCUGACAGAGCCAGGAUUGGAGCCCUGGCUUGGGCAUCUGACAUGUGACCAUUUUGACUCUGUAAUGGGAAUUUCACUGUUAUAAAGUGUGUGUGGAGGAGACAGAGGAGUGUUAGAUUCAGUCUAGGACAGAACUAGGAGGUUGAACAUGGGCAAAGCCUGUUGCCCUUCUGUACCGUUCAUUUGGAGUGAGUUUUGCUUUUUGCCAGAAGGCAGUGACAUCUGGAACCCAACUCAGGUGAAGCAGAGCCCGGCCCUCUUGCCUGCCUGCCUGCCUGCCUUCAGAGAAGGUACCGUAUUCCUCCCAUUAGCCUGCCUUCCUGAGAGUUCAGUUUGCAUUUGAGAACACUAACUACAAAUUCUGCGUAGAAAAUGAAGGAGGAAAGAAGAUGAGCAAUAUAUUAAUUGGUAUUACUGCCAGUUCUAUCAAGUUAAUAAUCUGUUUCUUCGGUAUUCAGAAAAAUACUUCACAUUCUCAGUUAGCCUUCUACUAAUAUAGUUAUGUGUUAUGCUUGUCUGGAGCCUCAAGCCUUGCUGUCACCUGACCAAAGCAGACGAAAGGCUAGAAGCUUAAAUCAUGAAAAGAGCAGGAGAACCUCCUACCCGGCUCCUUGUGUUAGUCAGCAUUGUUACUGCACAAACGCUGGAUACAGGAAGUGUAUAAAGACAGACUGGAUAUUUUGGCUCAAAGUUUCAAAGGUUUUAGUCCACGGUGGGUUCACUCCACUGCUUUUAGGCCUAUGGUAAAGACAUGUAUAGAGGAAAAGCAUUCUCUUAAUAUUAGGAGGUGAAAGAGUGAAAAGGAGGGCCAGAGUUCCACUGCCCCUUUGAGGGCAGCCUCUAGUCACCAGACCUCUUACUGGGCCCAUCGCAAAAGGUUUCCAGCACCUCCAACAGUACCACCUGUAACACAGUAUCCUUUGGCUGGGACUCUUAGGGUCCUAGGACCCUUUAUCCCUUUAGUCCACACUCCCAUUAAAGAGAGCAUGGGACCUGCCUUUGUGAGCUUUCUUUAUCUCUUGGGAUUCUCCACUUGAGAGUUUGGACAUGCCUCUGCAUCCACAUCUUUCUGAGUUUCUCUGGCCACCUCAGGCCACAGCUGGCUUUCUAAUGUGAUUGUACUUCUCCGAACCUCUUUUCUCCUGUCCCAGGCUGCUUGGCUUCCGUUUCUUCUCUUUUCCCAUCUCUCCUUAACGAACCUUCUUUUUUCCACAUGAAAUUUCUAAGUUGACGUAUCUGCCCUAUCAAUACGUGUUUCACAAAUAAAUUACAAAAUCAGCCAA